GGCGUAGGACAGGACAGGAAUUUCUAGGUUCUGUCAGAUUAGAGUUUGCAUUCGGCGGUAGUGCGUCAUCCGGGUAGAGUUUUCCGCGGCACGUUCACGAUCUGGCCACUGCUAGUGCCACCACUCAAGGCAAGGUGGGAUAUAGCCUCCAAUAAUAAUAACAUAGGGAUCGGCCGAGUGUGCGUUUGUGUAUGUGUGAUUCGCUGCGGUGAAAGGAGCCGCCAAGGCUUUUCGUGUGUCUCCUGUCAGGUGGUCCGUAAGGAGUUCCUACCGCAUCACCACGACCGUCAGGCAUCCGGUUUCCGGAUUGUGCUAUGGUGGUCUGACACUUCCGCCAACGCGGUUUCCGCACAGUAGGAAUGUUUGUUGUUGACAACAUUUCUUCUUGGAUUGUCGAGUGAUACAUCGCUAGCGCAAAAGUGGGAGCUCCAAAGAAGAAGAUGAUUGAUUGGAGCACUCGGGCGGAAGAUCAAGAAAAAGUGACCACUGCACCGAGCGAAAAAGGAUAAAUCAAAGUGCUGCAUAAGAAUAGGGGAUUUGGUGGUGUUGUGAGUUCGACUCUCUCGGAUGCUGGCUGAAUACGUGAUUCCCGUGUGAGGCGCAUGGAGUAGUGUGAUGAUGAUGAAGAUGCAUAAAUAAUGUGGGUGCCGAGUUUACCUUAGAACAACAACAAGGAAAACAUAUAAAUAUUAAUAGCGCUAGUGCCCUUGAGUGAAUAUCGCACAUCGAAGCAUAUGAUUCUCUUGUAGGGGUGAAGCUUGUGAAGAAGAAGAUUCUGGAGUAUUAGAAACUCGUUUGUUGUUAGAUUAAAGAAGUGGCCAAAGCCCUGCAAAGCAGUCAAGUUGCUCCUGAACCCCUGAGUGCAGUUUAAUACCUGGGAAAUCCGAGGAAAAAAUCGAAAAAGGAUUAUCAUUGCCGACACAGAGCAUUGAGUGCAUAAUAAUUGAAUCAGCUGCAGGCUGCAGGAUUACACGUUUCCUGCAUUACAUAACCUUGCUGCACCCAAUAGAGCAGGGCGAAGCAACGACCAGUGUCAGUGGUAUUUGCAAGUGAGACACGCAAAAAAAAGAAGGAAGAAAUCGAUUAAUAAUAAAAACUCGCAGGUGUAACCCGCAAUAAGUGUGCAUCCUAGGAAUACCAGCAAUACUCGUAACAUAUUCUCACGCCGUUUGCAUAGAUUUGCUACUCAACAAAGCUUAGCCACAACCCUUUCAUGUUGGAUGUUUAUGCUUCUAGUCGAGCAAUAGUUAAUUAGAUUCAAGAUUUCCAACGUUCAGCCACAUUGUCGAGGGCUCCAUGUUAAUCAAUAGUGUAAAUCACAUUCACUAGUAGCGCGUAACAAGUUAUACUAAUAAAUACCGGCCAACGUUAUAUAUACGAAUCGAUCCAAAUGUAAAUAUUACAAAAAAAAAGUCCGGCAAGCAAAAAAAAAAUCAAAUCAGCAAAAAAUAGCGUCAAGCCAACAGCACAUCCGUAGAGCCAACCAUUCCGUCAAAUUGUAAAACCAGAAAACGCGGUCCUUGCAUAAAAAAUCGCAGCAAAUAAUCUAAAAACAUAAAAACCCGCUCACAAGCUCGAAAAAAAAAAUCAAAUUUGUCAACAGGUCAUCAAAUCAACCAGAUUGGAUGCAAUAAAACAAUAACGGUUCGCGGGUGGACGGACAGACGGACGGAAGUUCGCGUGGGAAAAAAGGCAAAUAGUCAACCGUGGCCACGGUUCCGGGUCAGGAACGGACCCUCAAACGGCACAAAAGGAGAGACAGACUGAGCAUAGGAGGGGGGGGUGAGGAAAGUAUUUGUACCGUGAAAUGAAACCAUUGCGCGCCGUUCCCUUCGCGCCAAAUUGCCACCGUUAGUAAUUUAAUGUCUGGCGCCCGAUGUGGAAAGCUCCACUUCCGGCUAUUACUGCUGCUGGUCCGUUGUGAAUCUGGCAACCCUGCCGCAGCUGCACCGUAGUCGAGAAAUGUUCCUCCAAAUCAGGCGGGAACCGACCCGGGCCAGGAUUGCCAAUUUUGUGAAAUAAAAAUAAAAGUGUUGGAAAUUUUAACAUUUUUACCUCUUCCGGUUGGCGGUGCUUUCUGGAGGAAAAACCCCGGGGAAAAAGAGCGAAAAAAAAAGUCCGCUUUUGCCUCGUGUAAGAAAAUAAUAAAAAGCAGCACCGUAAUUGCUUAACCGUCGUCGGAUCGUACCGUCGGACCACACCCAUUGACGUUGUUCCUCCAAUCGUGUAAAUAAAUGUUUCCCCCUUCCAACCGCGUCAUCAUCGUCUUUGUCGUCACAGCAAAAAUUCACUUUCGCGUUAUUGCCGUGAGCUAGGAAAUUCUCCGAAAAUAGAGACAAAAAAGGAAAGCACCUCUCUGCAAAAGGUGGUGUCGCAAAAGGACGCAUCACUUAAGGAAAACACGCAACGGAACGCGACGACGGCAUCCAAAAAUGAACCAAUAAAAUAAAAUUGAACGGUCCUUCUUGCGUCGUGGUCGUCGUCGGAGAGAGACUUCACCCGAAGCCAAAAAGGAAAACUACCUGGUCGACGGAGGACAACAUUCCGCGCUAAAAGGACACUCGAGCUAGUUGCUGCACAACGCCGCCGCAGUAGCACAGCUUCCUCCCGUUGGGCCAAAUUACUUUCGCGAACGUCCCCAAAAGGACACACCAGAAACGGGACGACACAGAAAAAAAACGAAGCGAGCAGCGAUGUCCACGUUGAAUCAGCAUAACAAUAUGUGCCACUCCAACAUAAUAUUCAUCAUACUUUUUAUUUUUAACGAUUACGUCACAGGUGACAUCAGUACAUCCUUAGCGUUAAAUAAGCUAAAUUCUGGCGGAACAUUCUUCGCCGGACCAUACCUGGACGGAAGCGGAGUUAGUAAUGUAACCACACAGAUAGGAACACAUGCAUAUCUUCCAUGCAAGGUGAAACAGCUGGGGAACAAGUCGGUGUCGUGGGUGCGGGUGAGGGACGACCACAUCCUCACCGUGGACAGAAUGACAUUUAUAGCCGACGAACGUUUUCAAUCAUUCUACGUAGAGAACAACGGCGUUUGGACGCUGCAGAUCAAAUACGUACAGGCGCGUGAUGCCGGGAUCUACGAGUGCCAGGUGUCGACAGAGCCGAAAAUAAGUGCUAGAGUACAUCUGCACGUUGUUGUGCCAAGAACCGAGCUUAUUGGAGAUUCCGAUCGGUACGUGAAGGCGGGGAGCGCCGUCAUACUGCGCUGCGUCGUCCGGGGCGCCCUCGAGCCACCGUCCUACAUCAUCUGGUACCACGGCACCCAGCAGAUUUUCACCGAAAACCGACGGGGCUGGAAAACGCAGCUGGAUCGCGGUGCACCGGACCUCGACGGUGACAUUCAUAGCACGAUUGGCUCAUUGAUCAUCGAAUCGACAAGGAAAAAAGACUCCGGGAACUAUUCGUGCAGCCCAUCGAACAGUCCACCGAUAACCGUCUCGCUGCAUGUCAUCAAUGGAGAGUCCUCAGCGUCAGCCGUAACAUCGUCCGCCGGUUCGCUGUUUGAUGACAGUAUAUCAAUGGUUAAGCAGAGGAACAUCUAUAUUUUACUGCAGCAUAGGUCAUUUGUUAUGUUACUCGUUUUGGUUAUCUACGCUCAGCUAAGCUGUCGCAUGUACUAGUUAAGAGAAUUUAUUUAAGUUAAUAAAUUUAAAGCAAAAAAAUCAUAUACAACAUACCAGAAGACGAAAAAACCCAGAGAGAAAACUAGAACAUGCAUGAUGCAGCAGCAGCAGCCACAAUGUGUAAAGGUGAGUUUUGGAACGAUCCUGGACAUUUGCUCACAAACGUGUACAUCGACUGAGAUAUUUCAAACUACUGUAGGAGAGUAAAAAACAGAAAGAAAGAAAGACAGAGAAGGAGAAGCAUUCGUCGUUCCCUUUCAUCGUUAUCAAACACACACACACACACAAACACACCGAAAUCGCCCAUCGCCGUUUUUUGGCAGUGCAGAAAUCAAACACAUGAUCGCAAAAAGUCGCAGUGAAAAGGAAGUUAGGUUUUAUGAUUACAGCGGUAAAAAUGUGCAUAUUUCAUCCACAGACUUUACUAGGAAAGACGGAACGGUGUAGUGCUCACAGUGAAGUGACAGUUGGGCUUCAAACUUGAUAUUACCUAAAUAUAAAACAUUCAGUCUGAAAUAAUAAUUUAAAAAAAAACAAUUACGUAUAUUAUUUUAACCAAAGACUGCUCAAAAACAUCUGAAAGAUUCCGGACUAACAUUUGCAAAGUUUAAAACCUGGUUUUUUGAGAAAAAAAAAUCAAUACUAAUUAUUCUUCGAGUCAGAAAUUUAAUUUAAAAUUGAAUGAUUUUUAACAAAAUAGGAGUGAUAAUAAGCUUGACCGAAGUGAAAAAAACGCUGUGUAAACUCAAGAUGGCAAAAAUUUAGUAAAUAUAAAUAAAAAUAUAAUUUAAGCACAACAAUUGCUCCAAUUGUUCUUAAUUUCUUGACACAGGAUUAAAAUUUAUUAAAUCGACAUUCAGGUAUUGGAAUUUGUCAUUUUUCACAAAACAUCAAAAUAAGUAUAUUUUUAUGAAAUAUCAUUUAUUAUCGAGUCCGUCGUUAUCGCUAUUUGAAUUCACUCAUUAAAAUGAACAUUUUUAAACAAAUUCUUCUCUCUUAAAACUCUUCACUGAUUUUAACGGAUUGCAUUCUUGAUUUUAUUAUGUGUCUUCUUUGACUAAAAAGUAUUUACUAGAUUUUUUUUAAGGAUUUAUCUUGCUUCAAAGUAACUGUAUUCAUGGAUGUCAAAUGACGUGAAAUUUAGUGUAAGUCUUCAGAACAGUUCAGCAUUCAGUCUAACAUACUCAUAUACAUCAAUUCCCCACGAAAACAGCAUGAAAAAAACCCAAAGUGCUCGGAUCGGGCUCAAAUUUUUCUGGGGGUUCCCUGGCCGAAAUAAUUAGACCCG